AGAGUUUUGUAAAUCGAGAACGGAUGCUAACUGCGUACGCGUGUCAUCAUGACAUUGGUUAAGUCAGGUUUGAGUCAGUGUUAUAAAAAGCUACACUACUCACCACCACCCAUGCCUUUCUCUCUUGAAGUAGACUCUAAGCCAUCGUCAGAUCUCAGCCCUCCAUUCCAAGCCAUGGCCGAGAAGGCCAAGGAAAAGGUAACUAUGAUGAAGUUGAAGGUGGAUCUUGAUUGUGCCAAGUGUUACAAGAAGGUCAAGAAGCUUCUUUGCAAAUUCCCUCAAAUCAGAGAUCAAAUAUUUGAUGAAAAGUCCAACAUAGUCAUCAUCAAGGUAGUUUGCUGCAGCCCUGAGCGGAUAAUGGACAAACUCUGUUCUAAAGGUGGCGGCUCUAUUAAGACCAUCGAGAUCAUCGAACCACCAAAGCCGCAACCUCCUCCUCCCCAGAAGCCCAAAGAUGCUCCCAAAGCUCCCGAAAAGCCUAAGGAGCUUGAGAAACCUAAAGAGCCCGAGAAGCCUAAGCAACCUGAGAAACCUAAAGAGCCCGAAAAGCCUAAGCAACCUGAAAAACCGAAAGAACCUGAAAAGCCUAAGCAACCCGAGAAGCCUAAAGAACCCGAGAAACCUGCUGCGCCCAAAGUUGCACCCGCAUCUGCUCCAGCACCUGUACCUGCUCCAGCUCCCGCUCCGGCCCCGAAGCAGCCUGGACCGCCACCACAGAUGGUGCCGGUAAUGCCGCAGGGGCAGCCAGCAUCCAUGUGUUGUGGGCCCUACUAUGGUGGUUACGGAUGUGGGCCAAUGUUCAACGGAUAUGGAAUGCCGGCGCCUCAACCGUAUGAGUGCUAUGGCCGACCAGUCUACGAUAGCUGGGGAGGAGGACCACCACCUAGUUACCGACAAUGCCACCUCACCAGAUGCGAUUACUUCAGCGAAGAGAACCCACAAAGCUGCUCCAUCAUGUGAUAUGCCUCAUCCCUUUUUCAGUCUGUUCAAAUCCUUAUUUUUAUUCAAAACUUUCUUUUUUCUUAUACAAAUAACGAAAAGAAUAUAUAUAGAGAUGUUUAUGUAUACUGUUGUGAUAGUAAAAAGAAUAAGGAAGGAAAGAUCUUUGUAUUUUGUAUGGUGGCCAUUUCCAUUUGUUUGUCCAUUUGAAGCUGUAACUGUAAACAUUACAGAAAAUUGUUCAAUUUGCUUAUAUAAAAACCAAUAAUAG